CCGACCGGGCACGCAGGCACGCAGCGCUGCAUGUUGCAGAGUUUGAAGUCUAAACUAACUAACUAAUCAGCGGCAAUAAAAUGGAAAAGAACCAUAACUGCAGCAGCAUUACCUGAUUGACACCUUUAACAGGUCCAGUGGAAUUUCCCUGCAAAGAAAAGACGGCGAGAGAAGACGGCCGCUGCGCUGCUGCAACAAAUAACCAGCACCAAUGUCUCGGCUUGAGGGUCGUCGGGAUUCUCUGCCUGCGGUCCAACAGGCGGUGCGGCGGCGUUUCUCAGGGCCGCUGCUGCUGCCUCCUCUGUGGAGGAGGCACUCUUGCCAGGAGCGCCCAUGUGACAGCCGGCGCCCGUCUAUAACACACGGUCUGCCUCUGGACCGUCUGGAAGUUCUCUACAGACAAGCACUGGCCAGUCAUGAUGAGCACGGUUUUGAUGUGGAGAAUGGCCUGUCAGUGGGUCGCAGUCCACUGGACUCUCAGACUAGCCCAAGUUCUGGUCUGGUCCUUCAGGCCAACUUCCCACACAGUCAGCGCCGCGAGUCCUUCCUCUACCGCUCCGACUCAGACUUCGACCUUUCGCCCAAAACCAUGUCCCGCAACUCGUCCACUGCCAGCGACCUGGAGGAGGGAUUGAAGCAUUGGGAAGUCAAUUGGCUACCUCGACAUGGAGAAGACAUGAUAGUGACUCCAUUUGCACAGGUUCUUGCCAGUCUACGAACAGUGAGAAGUAACUUUGCAGUUCUGACACAUCUGCAAGAUCGUGUAACAAACAAGCGGCCGACAUGCAGCAACCAGCCACCCAUGUGUAAGCCAUGUCUUACAGAGGAGCCCUACCAGAAGCUGGCGGUGGAGACACUGGAAGAGCUGGACUGGUGUCUGGACCAACUGGAGACGCUGCAGACGAGACACUCAGUCGGCGAGAUGGCAUCAAAUAAGUUUAAGAGGAUGCUAAACCGUGAGCUGACGCAGCUAUCAGUGACAAGCCGCUCAGGGAAUCAGGUGUCAGAGUUCAUCUCCAACACUUUCCUAGAGAAACAGCAUGAUGUGGAGAUCCUGUCUCCACCUUCUAAGGAGGAGAAGAAGAAGAGGCCGAUGUCACAGAUCAGUGGUGUGAAAAAGGUGACACAGAGCCCCAGCUUAGCACCCACCUGCAUCCCCCGCUUUGGAGUGAGCACACCACACGAGAGCCUGUUGGCCCAGGAGGUCGAGGAGAUUAAUCGUUGGGGUCUGGAUGUAUUUAAGAUAGCAGAAUUUUCUGGAAACCGCCCUUUGACGGUGAUCAUGUACUCCAUCUUCCAGGAGAGAGACCUUCUGAAAACCUUUAAGAUCCCAAAUGACACCUUUAUCACCUUAAUGAUGACCCUGGAGGACCACUACCAUGCAGAUGUAGCUUAUCACAACAACAUUCAUGCAGCUGAUGUGGUGCAGUCCACCCACGUCCUCCUGUCCACCCCUGCUUUAGAGGCGGUGUUCACAGACCUGGAGAUCAUGGCUGUUCUGUUUGCUAGUGCCAUCCAUGAUGUCGACCACCCAGGAGUCACCAACCAGUUCCUGAUAAACACCAGUUCAGAACUGGCACUGAUGUACAACGAUGCCUCGGUGCUGGAGAAUCACCACCUCGCUGUGGGCUUCAAACUGCUGCAAGAAGACAACUGUGACAUCUUCCAAAACCUCAGCAAGAAACAGAAAGACUCCCUCCGAAAGAUGGUGAUCGACAUGGUGCUUGCCACUGAUAUGUCCAAACACAUGAACUUCUUGGCGGAUAUGAAAACAAUGGUGGAGACCAAGAAGGUGACCAGUCUGGGAGUCCUGCUGCUCGACAACUACUCUGAUCGCAUCCAGGUUCUGCAGAACAUGGUACACUGUGCCGACCUGAGCAACCCAACCAAACCGCUGGAGAUUUACCGCCAGUGGACGGACCGCAUCAUGGUGGAGUUCUUCACCCAGGGAGACCGAGAGCGGGACAAAGGCAUGGAGAUCAGUCCCAUGUGUGACAAACACAACGCCUCUAUAGAGAAGAACCAGGUGGGCUUUAUCGACUACAUUGUCCACCCUCUGUGGGAGACAUGGGCGGACUUGGUGCAUCCUGACGCCCAAGACAUCCUGGACACGCUGGAGGACAACAGGGAGUGGUACCAGAGCAUGAUCCCACGCAGCCCAUCGCCAUCCAGCCCGGAGGAGCACCAUGUGGAGGUGAUACCAGGGGGAGGAGCUGUGGGAGCAGGAGGGGCCCUGCCUUCAGGAGGAGGAGGAGGAGGAGGGGGGGACAAGUUCCAGUUUGAACUCACUCUGGAGGAGGAAGAGGAGGAUGAGGGGGAGGGGGAGUCUGACCUGGAGAGCCCCCUAGAGGAGGAGUCCCAGUUGGGUGGGAAGCGGCACCAGGACUCCCCCUCCCCCUCUUUGUCCCCAGACCCCCGCAGCAGGUACCGCCCCCCCUCGCCUCACCCGUCUCGGACCCUGAAUCUGGCUGCCAUGUCGGUGCGGAGCCCCCACAGGACGCUGGCCUCCCCGGGGCGGGAGGUUGGCGACAGAGAACUCAGCAAGGAGAGCGACGGGGUGGAGUGCCUACGUAUGGGCACGUAACAACCAGCACAACCUGCCCCGCCUGACAGACACGAGUGCUGGAUGUGGAGAGACGGAGGCAGGGCAGGCCUUUACCAAUAAAGUCUGUAAAAUCACUACUGUCCCUUUACACUGGAGACACCCACUUGGGAGAACUGUUUUAUCUUAUAUUUUAACCAAGAGAAUAGUUUCAGCCCCUCUUCGGGAGCCUGAUUGGCCUUUGUGUCCCGUCCUGCUUUGUUGUAGCUUCAGUUCAGAGUCCCAGACAAAGACUGCUGCAUUUUACCUGGGAAGAAGAGUGGAGCCAAGGCAGGAUACUGGAACAAGAACAAAAGGUAAAGGAAAUGUCUUCCUCCAAUAACUGUGUGUGACAUUCAGAUGUGAGAAUGAGAACCCCGGUGGUCUGACAGGGUCUUGGAAAUUAUUUUGCACCAUAGUUUUAAUUUAGGAUAAGAAAUUACUGAGUCCGGUUGGAAUAAGUAUUAGUAUGAUUUCUUUGUUUGAGAAUGAUGUGAGAGAUGAAUAAUUUUACCAAAUACAGAAUGUAGAUGACAUGAUCGAUGGACCUAAACCUCAGGGUAUGAAGAGAAACAUAAAUCUAAUGUAGCACGGACGUAGUGGGCUCCCCUGACCUGACCCUCGACCCCAAACUCUCUUUCCUGUUUGAUUUACCUCCAAACCAGAGACAUCUGAGACUUUAACCUGUGUGUCUCUACAUUUAAUUAAAACCCUUUAAUAUAAAAUUUGGCAACUGAAGCAAUCAAAUAAUAUAUAUGUAAAACAGCUUGUAGCACCACAAAGAUUAAACACUGAAGAAGACUGUACCCCAGUCUCACCUGUUGAAAAUACAAAAGACACCACCUGUAUAAUUAGUUUGGGCUUUAUUUUUUUACCUGAGAUUAUUUUAAAUGGGGUCAUUGUUUUAGGGUUCUGUACAUUUGCUUGUCUUGUCUCUGUUUUUGUGCUUGAAAAGCAUUUUUUUAUCAGGGUGCCUCCAGUCCGCAGUAGCACUUUACCGUCUCUGCUCUUCAGCUCUUCUAUUCAGUCACACAAAGGGCUUCGUCCACUGUAGGCCUACUGAUCACACAGACAGAACAGUACGGGCUGUUUGACCCAAGGUACCAGAAAGCAGAGCAGGAAACUCACUCGUUGGUUGAUUCAGAAUGAAAGAAAGAAAAAAACUUAGUUGGCCAACAACAAAAUUCACAACCUUAGGUUGGUUAGUCAGAUAAUAUUGGAAUUAUAAGACUCCUGUUUUGAUCCCGUUUAAACUAUUUUGCACUUUAGUUUCUUGAGGUUCAAGUUCAAUUUAUUUUAAACAGUAAAAUAUUUUUAAAAGUUUAUGGCACAAAUAGGAUGUGGAAAAGAUUUAUGUGCAAACUAUGUAUUAUUUUCUAUGAGUAUCUUAUAAUUCCAAAUAAGUCACCAUGGUGUUGUGUCCCUGCCCUGCCGACAGGAGCUGACGUAGAGAUCAGAGGUUGCUGACAGAAAUAAAUCAGAUCAACCUAAACAGAUUGUGUUCCAUCAGGUUAUCCGUCUUAUUUGAUAGAUAGUGCUCGACUGGGAUAACUGUGUGCCAUAAGUGUUGAAAACACACAAACACCUGCCAGCCUACAAUGCUGUACAUUUUUACACUAGAGAUUUUAACCUGAUGAUUGUAUCGAAGUCACUGACUUUAUAGUGUUAGUUUUUAUGAAUAUGUGUUACCAGUAUUUAAAGCAGACAGUUUAUUAGAUUUUGUGCAGCUCAUUAUCAGUCUGUUCAGCCCUUUCCUAUUCAGAUAGCUGGGACGUAAGAAUGUGUGUAGUUUCAGGAGUCCUCGUUCAGUCUAGAGCAGUGUUUGUCGCCGUCACUGAGGUAGAAAGACCAGGAAGCAAACAAGCACUACACAAAUAUGAUGCACUUCUGGUCAGGCAGUCGUAGAAAACACCAGUCUAACAGUAUUUCAUUAACUCAGCUAGCCUUACAUGUGAUAUGGUAUGGAUGUGGUUGGAGCCUAGUGUUAAAGGACCAUUAUGCUGUUUUUAACAUGCUGAGCCUCAGAGCAUUGUUUGCUUCGCUGUUCUUGAAAAGCAAAAUUGCUCCUUUCCAGGCUUUUAAAAAAAAAAAAAAUAAAUAAAAGAUGUCAAAGAAUCAGAAUACAUAUAGGAAACUUUACAUUUCUCAUGACAGCAGCUUUAUUCUAUUUUUGUCCUCAUACAUAUUCUUAGUGUAUGAGCUGUGAAAAUAAUCAAAUGGCAAAAUAAGCUACAAACAUCUAUAAGUAAAACAUUAUGUAAAGUUUUUGUUUCGCUGGUUGCACACUUUAACUUCUUGUUUCAAAAUCCCUCAAAACUCCAGGGUGAAAAUGCCAUGUAAACCUCAGUAGCGGAGCAUUUGGAUCAAAUGUUCUGGUUCACAGACCUUCCCUCUACCUCCAUCAACAGGCUAAAGUUUAUACUUACACACAAGAAAUGUCAAUCUAAUUGGCAGAUUGCCCUGAAAACCCUUAUGGCCUUUUCUUUGGCAUCACCUCGACAAACCUUUGUUUUACAUGAAACCCUUUCAUAUUGUGUUGUAAUGAAGAUUGCAUCAUACAGUACCUGGGAUUUAAUCCGAAAAUUUGCUCUGUGGUCAUGUAAUCAUUAAGCUUCCUCUUCCUAUCCAAGUUUUGGGUCUUGGUACUAAAUGGCUCGUAAUAUUUAAAAUGUGUUUGCAGUAUAAACCUCUAGUCCACUGUAGUCACUGGAGCUUUUAAUUCAGACUGCUGGUAUGCACUUAAAGUACCUUCCUAGCGUUGUUUAAAAACACAUUUCCUCAAGUUAGUUAAACUGUUGAGGAUGAAGGAGCUCAGACAGACAAUAGUAUGCUGCGGUCAAUCAAAAAUGAAGAAAAUUGUCUUUUAAGAUUUGUUUGAAACAUGUUUUGACAAAGUAUGUUCUUGAUUAAGUAUCAAAGAAAGUAAUGGCAUUUUAAUCUAAAUAAAAUGUUGUGCUUCCCUCUAUGUGACAGCUAUAACCCAGCAGCUGUCCCCUUAGCUCUCCUGCAGCACAGGAAGUGAGAGUUUUGACAUUUCCUGUUCGUAUGGAAUACUAGCCCUGGGUAGUUUGCACAAACCGUGCCGGUCACCGUGGCUGAACAGAAAAGCAAGGUACAACAGAAAGUCUAUAAUUUUAAGCUCUUAUUAUACAAUUCCUCUAUUUUGAAGGAAGAAAAUGCAUCACUUUACUAGAAGAAAAAAAAAAAAGCCAAACAUACAAGUUCAGCAGGGCAUUUUCAUCAUGUGGGAUUACUGUGGAUUUGAAACAUUUAACAAUUGAUUUCAGUUUUCAGAGGAGUUACAUCGGCAUGUUAAAACAGCAGUGUGGGCGUGGCUCUCUACAGGAAGACAUCAGUGCUAUACGGUGUUGUGUUGAGCAGGAAAGUCCCUGCACUCUGUUAUUGUGUCGCACUGAUACUGCCAACAUUAAAUGUUCAUGCUGUCGGUUUUCUCAGCCUCUGUGAUGUGCAAACUUCUAUAAAGAUAUUUAUUCUUCAAACAUGUCUGUCAAGACAAAGUACUGUAACAUUGGACAUUUUAUGUUCUGAAGCCUAAAAAUCAAGUAUGCUUUACAAGUAUACAUCUGCCACUCCAAUGUUUUUGUCAAAGAAAAUAACUUUGUUUCUCAUUCUAAGCCAAAAGACUGUCGGAAGUUCAGGGUGUUUUAAAUGGAAAAUGCCAAUAAAGAAAAUAUGGAAAUUAA